CAUAAUGUUACACAUAUUUGUGUUGUUUAAUAUCAUUUCAUUUUUGGAUGCACAAACAUGCUCCACAACAUAGAUUACAUGUGAAUCUAUUACAGAUAGCACUUUAUGUUAUGAAACAAAAGAUUCCAAUAUUAAUCAAAUUUGUGAAUGGAAUACAAAUAAAUGUGAAAAAGCAAUACUUAACAAUCUGCCAUGUUCAAAAUAUACAAAUGAGUAUACUUGUUUUUACAGAUCAUAUGGUUGUAGAUGGGAUGGAACUAAUUCAACAGGUUAUGAUACUGAAGAGAUGAAAAACAAUGUAAAUGGAAAAUGUGUAGAUUAAAAGUAUUUAGAAUUAUAAAUAUAUAAUUUAGAUGCCAAGAUUUCACAUCUGAACAUGAUUGUUCAUCCUUUGGUCAAAUAUCAUGUGAUUGGUAGGAUGAUAGUUGUGUUUAAGUUACAAAAUGUCAAGAUUUCUAAACUGUAAAAGGUUGUAGAAAUACCAAAUUUAAGGAAAAGUUAUUUAAUUAUAUUAUUAUUAGAUGUGUACCUAUUGUAAAUGGAGAAGUAUUAUCACUUGGAUAAAAAUCAACUACCAUAUUUGAUUCUUUUGAAUGUGUAGUUUAAUAAUGUAAACAUAAAUCAAAUGAAUAUGAAUGUACAUUUGUUAAUGGAGUCUAAUGUAUUUGGGGAACUACGUAUUAAAUUAAUUUUAUUUAAGAGGAUGUGCUGUUUGUGCUUCAUUUAAUACAUAUGAAGCAUGUGUAUAAAAUAAAGGAUUAUGUUUAUGGAAUUAAAAUCAAUGUUAAAAUAUUGAGUAAUUCAAAUCUAUAUUUAUACUAGAUGUUAACAAUACAAAAGUCCUAAUUUAUGUAAAUUAAAAACAGAAUAAUGUGAAUGGAAUAGAUUAAAAAUGAGAUGCCAACUUAAUUCUACCUAAGCAAAUCAACAUUGCUAUUCAGAAUACUUAGAUUAAUAAAACUAAGGAUUGGUAAUCUAAAUAAUUUUAAUUAUUUCCUUUAUUUUUAUUGGAUGA